AAGAGAAAUCAAUGUAUAUAAUGAAAGAGUGACACAACUAAACCAGUUCAGUGCAACAGUGAAUUUUAAUAAACGAAAUAUAAAUUUAAAGAGUGACCUAACUAAAUUUUGUAUUAAAUCGAUGAUUUUUAAUAAGAAGUGACGAUAUCGACUGAAAUUGUCAAUAUAAUAAUAGUGGAACAACUACAAAGAAAAAUAAUGUCAGUGAAUUAAUAACAGUAGACUUAGUAGUAUAAUAAUAUCAUCUCAAAAAGGUGUUGGUUAAAGAAACCAAAUUCUGAGGUUAAAGUUCGUGUGGUGCAGAAGAUGUCCAUUCAGUGAAAGUGAUAAGCAAGCAUGGGGUGUCAACUGGGAAAGUUGGCCGCUUCGGAGCGCAGGGUCAAUAAUACCCAGGCCGACCUUGGCGAUGGCCCUCCGCCAGCGACAGAUCCGAGGCUGCCCUUGACAGCGAAACAGAAGUACUCGAUGCUGGCCUCCUGGAAGGGCAUCUCGAGGGCCAUGGAAAAGACUGGCAUCUGCAUGUUUAUUAAAUUAUUCGAAGAGAAUCAAGAUCUGCUAAACAUGUUCGAAAAGUUCCGUCAAUACCGGACGAAGGAGGAGCAAAUAAAUUCCAUGGAACUCGCCGAGCACGCGAACAACGUUAUGAACACGCUCGACGAAGGAAUUAAAGGGCUAGAUGAUUUAGACAAUUUCUUUGAAUACAUACACCAAGUCGGUGCUAGCCAUAGACGGAUACCUGGUUUUAAAGUAGAAUAUUUUUGGAAAAUAGAGACGCCAUUCCUCGCGGCUGUCGAGGCGACGCUUGGCGACAGGUACACGCCGAACGUGGAGAAUAUAUACAAAAUCACCAUAAAAUUCAUCUUACAAACGCUCGUAGAUGGCUACGAGAAAUCCGCGAAAGCCGGUGCGAACGCAAACUCUACGUGAGCGGGUUGUUAGAGGAAAAUGAUUUAUAUUUACGAGUAUAUUCGAGAUGCGAUUUGAAUUUCUUGGGGCUUAAGCGCACGGGGGAGAAAAUAUGCGGACGUUUGAAUUCGCAUGCGGUUAAACAUUAUGGUAAUUAUUAUGGUAUUGUAUUUACAUAGGAUAUAAUAAGUCAAUGUUCCAAAGGUUCACACAUAAACAUAUAUAAAAUUCACUAUAAAGCUGUAUAUAUGUUAGUUGACAUAGUUAGAAUAUUUAUUUACAAAUUAA